AUGGUGCGCAUGAAUGUGUUAGUUGAUGCUCUCAAUUCCAUUUCCAAGGCUGAAAAGCGUGGCAAACGCCAACUCUUGCUAAGGCCAGUGUCAAAGCAUGGUUACAUUGGGGAGUUUGAACAGAUUGACGAUCACACAGAGCUGGCAAGAUUCCCCAGAUUUGACGUGUCUGUCAGGGACUUGGAGAAGUGGACAAACAACCUUCUGCCAUCUAGGCAGUUUGGUUUCAUUGUAAUGACCACAUCUGGUGGUAUUAUGGACCACGAAAAGGCCUGA